UUCGCGUUUGCCAUCGGUCAGGCGCACUCGCGUCCUACCUACCUCCUCUGUAGAAGAGCCGUACCACGGAUAGAUUUUCCACCGUUCUAGCACCGUCGUGGAUGUCGCAAGGGUGUUCGACGUCAAAGGCGAAGACGAGGUGGAUGAGAAGGAUGCGUCUCUAAACGGAAAAUAAUAUUCGUGCGAGUUACUAAUCUCUUCCAACACCAUCGUUUAUAGUAUUUUCCUUCUAUCUAUUUCUCUAUCCAUCUAUAUCGGUUCGUCUACGUCGAGGGAGAAUACAACGACAAAGUAUCCAACAUUACGUUCUCUUCUUUUUAACGUCGUUUGUUCUUCGAUCGGACAACGGCACAACGACGGGGUGGAUCCUUGGAUUGGUGGAGAUAACGGACUGAAUAAAAAAUCACCUUCGAUAAGGAAUAUUAAAUUACAAAAUGCCACCUGUUAAGAGGGAAGCACCGUCAGAACCGGCGCCAGCAGCAGCUACCUCGGAAAAUGUGGAAACGCAAGAGGAAACGUCGAACCUACCGCAAUUGACGUUGAAGGCGAUGACGAGUACCGAGGAGGCAGUAAGAAGCGAGACAGAAUCGGAAGUCACGACGGAAAGUACGAUGAAAAAUUUGAAGGAUCAACUAGGAACAUUAUCGAAAGAUUUGGCCGAAGAAAUGGGUAUACCAACGUGGGGCUUAGUCGCGAUUUUAAUAGCCGUCGGCGUAGUCGUCCUUGGAAUUUGUUUCUGCUGUAUAAGAAGAUGCUGUCGCAAGAGACGUUCCAAGGAUGGCAAAAAGGGCCUAAAAGGAGCGGUGGAUCUAAAAUCGGUUCAAUUACUUGGAAGUACGUAUAAGGAUAAGGUACAGCCGGAUAUGGAAGGACUCACGGAUAAUGCAGAAGAGCCCGACGAGGCUGAAAGCAAACAGAGCGAAGUCAAACUAGGAAAGCUUCAAUACAAGCUCGAGUAUGACUUCAAUUCAAACAGUUUGGCAGUGACGGUGAUACAGGCCGAAGAAUUGCCAGCUUUAGACAUGGGUGGCACUUCGGAUCCUUACGUAAAGGUAUACUUGUUGCCCGAUAAGAAAAAGAAAUUCGAAACGAAGGUCCACAGAAAGACGCUGAGCCCUGUAUUCGAGGAGACGUUUGUUUUUAAGAAUGUACCUUACGCGGAGGCCAUGAACAAAACAUUGGUAUUCGCGAUCUUCGACUUUGAUAGAUUCUCGAAGCACGAUCAAAUCGGUGAGGUUAAAGUACCGUUGUGUCAGGUCGAUCUCGCACAGACCAUCGAGGAAUGGCGAGAAUUGCAGAGCGUCGAAGGAGAGGGAGGACAGGACAACAAAUUGGGUGAUAUUUGUUUCUCCCUGAGAUAUGUACCAACGGCUGGUAAACUCACGGUGGUCAUUCUCGAAGCUAAGAAUCUAAAGAAAAUGGACGUUGGUGGUCUCUCGGAUCCUUACGUCAAGAUUGCACUCAUGCAAAAUGGCAAGAGGCUUAAGAAGAAAAAGACAUCCAUAAAGAAGUGCACUCUUAAUCCCUAUUACAACGAAUCGUUCACCUUUGAAGUUCCCUUCGAGCAGAUCCAAAAAGUGCAAUUGGUCGUAACAGUGGUGGAUUAUGAUCGCAUUGGUACUUCGGAACCGAUCGGCAAAGUCGUAUUGGGAUACAACGCGAGUGGAACGGAAUUGAGACAUUGGUCGGAUAUGUUGGCAUCUCCGAGGCGUCCAAUCGCUCAAUGGCACACACUCAAGGAUCCCGAGGACGGAGAUAAGAAGGAUUAAAUUGGUUAAAUGAAUAUUCAAUCGAGGAUCUACUUCUCUUUUUCGACGUAGACACUCGCAGACUUUAGAUCACCAUCAUAAGAAACAGAACAAGUGAGAAAAACAAAAAGGAAGAAAGAGAAGAAAGAUAAAGAAGUACGUCUUGGAAGGAAGGAGAAGGAAAAGGAAAUGGUGAUCCUGACGACAAGCAUCUUUCUGAAGCGUCCCAUCUGAAAAGAAAAAUAAUAUAUAAAUAUAGAUAUAUAUCCCCAGACGCAUAUAUAUCUUCUUCGAAGUAACGUGGACUUUUAGGAGAGAAAGGAAAUGAGAAAGAAUGGAAAGGUGCGAGAGAGAAGCAAUUGAAACUCGUAUAUUUGAUUGUCUCGUCCAAAUGAAAUCUAUAAAAAAAAAAAAAAAAAAAAAAAAAAAAAAAAAAAAAAAAGAAAAAAAAAAAAAAAAGGAAAAGAAAAAAAAAGAAAAAAAAAGAAAGAAAAAAGAAAAAAAAAAAUAAAAAAUAAAAAUGAAAGGUAGAGAUGGAAGAUGGGAGUGGAGAGGAGAGGAGAAGAAAGGCAAAGAGAAAGAAAUUCAUAAAUGCAGUCAGCUUUAAACGAAGAUUGUAUCGGGAACUUGUAAUCAUUCCAUUGCAUAUUAUACAUAUUAAGGUUUAGUGCGACAAUGUACUGUAAAUCCAUAGAAGUUAUUAUUAUGUCCUUAAUUAUUAUGUAAUAAAUAUUGUUGUUAACAUAAAAUCAUACGAGCGUGUUCUAUGGGAACGAGGAACUAUGUGAAAUAAGGUAAGUGAAUUUUAUAUAAGUUUUAUAUAAUAAACGCAUACAGGGCACAUCGCGCAGAGAUACGUAAAUAUCGUGUCUGUGCGUAUUCCUUGAUCGUGUUCCUUGAAAAAGUAUGAAAGACGUUAAAUCUGAGCAAUCGAACUUGCGCGAUAUCAUCCUUUAUCGAAUUAAUAUUAUAAUGAGGCCGUCGUACGACGCGAUGUUUAAAAAUAAUCAUCAAUGAAUAACUCAUCAAGAUGAUUUCAUAGAAGAAAGAUGGGAUUAAAAGAAGAAGAGAUUACGUAGUAUUAAUCAUCUCUCGUAUUGUCUCUCUGAAAGAAAAGGAAAAGAAAAAGAAAAAGAAAAAGAAAAAGAGAAAGAAGAAAUUGAAAUUGAAAAAGUAAGAGCUUGGUUAUUUUUCUUUUAUUUUAGCCAACCGAAAGUAAACUUAACGGUGACGUUAUUGGGUCAAAGGGUAAAUUGGGUCGAUUGUGAAACACGAUAAAAAGAUGUUACGCCUUUAUUAUCGUACAACUGAUUUGACGAACGUAA